UAAGAGUUUGUAUACUUUGGGAGCGGGUUGCGUGAUGGUUCUGAAUGGAUGAAAAUAACGGGAAAUCAUUUGAAUUCUCAAGUCACUUUUCUUUCAGUAUUAAUUUGGGAGAUCGUAGAAGAUAUUCCAGCAUGUUUUCUGUUAAGUUCCAAACAACCGAGGAAUGAAAUUAUUUAUUUUGGCUGAUGAUCUCUAUCUCAUUCCUUAUUUUUGAAAGUACGAUAGCUGAUCAAGAAGAAGAUGGGUAAUUGCUUCAGCCGAUCUGCCAACAAAAAUGCUAAGAAAGAAGUGGCAGGUCAGCCUCCUGUUGAAAGGACCAUACUUGACAACUGUCCAACUUCACUGUCAUCGCUAGGUGUCCAGACACAUGAACCUUCUGCAACGAAUAUAAGGUAUCCAGCUGACCCUACGUGUAGAAGUGGCCCUACUUUGCCCCCAGUACCGUCUGAUUCAGAUAGUUCUUCCGGAUCUAGUGCCAAAGUUUUUGUAGCACUGUAUGACUAUGAUGCAAGGACAGACGAAGAUUUGAGCUUCAAAAAAGGUGAACAUUUAGAAGUAUUAAAUGAUACUCAGGGUGACUGGUGGUUUGCUCGUUCUAAAGCGACCAAGCAAGAAGGAUAUAUACCAUCUAAUUAUGUGGCUAAGUUGAAAUCCAUAGAAGCUGAGCCAUGGUAUUUUGGAAAAAUAAAGAGGAUAGAAGCUGAGAAAAAGUUACUUCUACCUGAAAAUGAACAUGGAGCUUUCUUAAUCCGAGACAGUGAAAGCAGAAGAAAUGAUUUUUCUCUUUCUGUGCGUGAUGGAGAUACAGUAAAACAUUACAGAAUUCGACAACUAGAUGAAGGUGGUUUCUUCAUAGCCAGAAGAACUGCAUUUCGAACAUUGCAAGAACUAGUUGAGCAUUAUACUAAAGAUGCUGAUGGUCUUUGUGUAAAUUUACGAAAACCAUGCAUUCAGGUUGAGAAACCUACUACUGGGGGCUUAUCCCACAACACAAGAGAUCACUGGGAGAUAGACAGAAGCUCACUUAAUUUUGUUCGAAAAUUGGGACAAGGCCAAUUUGGAGAAGUCUGGGAAGGACUUUGGAACAAUACAACUCCAGUAGCUAUAAAAACUUUGAAAACAGGCACAAUGGAUCCUAAAGACUUCUUGGCUGAAGCACAGAUAAUGAAAAAGUUGAGGCAUCCCAAACUGGUUCAACUUUAUGCAGUAUGUACUUUGGAAGAACCUAUAUAUAUUAUCACAGAAUUAAUGAAGCAUGGCAGCCUACUAGAGUAUCUUCAAGGCAAAGCAAGGGCACUAAAACUACCGCAAUUAAUUGAUAUGGCUAGCCAAAUAGCAUCAGGAAUGGCAUAUCUUGAAUCUCAGAAUUACAUUCAUAGAGAUUUAGCUGCACGAAAUAUUCUUGUUGGAGAAAAUAAUGUGGUUAAAAUUGCUGAUUUUGGUUUAGCUCGAUUAAUAAAGGAGGAUGAGUAUGAGGCUCGUGUUGGUGCUAGAUUUCCCAUUAAGUGGACUGCGCCAGAAGCAGCUAACUACAGUAAAUUUUCAAUAAAAUCUGAUGUUUGGUCAUUUGGAAUAUUACUUACUGAGUUAGUAACAUAUGGCAGGAUACCUUAUCCAGGUAUGACAAAUGCUGAAGUCCUCCACCAAGUAGAACAUGGCUACAGAAUGCCAUGCCCUCCUGGUUGCCCACCUGCUUUGUACGAAAUCAUGCUUGAGACGUGGCACAAAGAUCCUAUGAAGCGGCCAACAUUUGAAACUCUGCAGUGGAAACUGGAAGACUUCUUUACCUUAGAAGGUUCUGAGUAUAAGGAAGCUUCCAUUGCCUACUGAACAGAUCUGAUAAUGUAUGGAGAUGCGUAAUUUUAUUAUUGCAUAUCACAAUGCAAUACCGUUAUACUGUUCUGUUAAGUAAUCCUCCCUUAAAAAUGUGUGUUAACCUUUAACAAAAUUUUCUUCCUAUUUUUCACAUCUGUGCCAAAGAAAAAUUUUAUUUCCUUGAAUUUAAAUGUAUAUCAAAUGUGAUGAAUAAAGAAAAUAAUAUCUGAUUUUUUAUCUUGUUUUAACACAAAGAACAGCAAUAUUGAGCUCUUCUUCAAACUGGGCUGUUUUGGAUUAAGUGACAGGUAGCAUUUAAGCUUUCUGCAUAACCUUAGGCUUUGUAAUCCAAUGUAUGAAGAUUAAUAUUUCAUGGUAGUUAAUAUUGGCUGAGCUUAAACAAGGAAACUGAGUGAGAACAUUCAAAUACUAUUAAUACUCUGUCAAUUUUAUUCCAAAAUUUAUUUUGUGGUAUUAAUUUCAAUUAUUUAAGUGUCUUAAUUAGUUAUAAGGUGUCUAUAGUUAGAUGUUUUAAACUUUCAAAGCCAUUUAUGAAAAGUAUUUUUCUUAUUUUGCUCAACUUAUUGAUAUCUGAGUUUCUGUCAUAAACAUUAGUUUCAAUAAAACAGAUAUUAAUAAAGUGUACAUAUGCCUGUGCAAAAUGCACGGUUUGUACACUUGAAUGCUUAUGCAUUCAUACUUUUAUAAGCAUUUAAUUUAUUUUAUGCAUUUGUAGAAUUUUUUGUUUGAAAAUAUAAUAUUAUGGUAUAUUCUUCUGCAUUCCAUAAUUUAUACUAGUUUUAAACAUAACUUCAUGUGAACUUUUACACCACCUUUUGAUAUGAUGUGUGAUGUAGUGCAUUUAAGCUUUGUAAUUAUAGGUGUUUUAUUUCUUUAGUAAUUGCAUAAUUCUAUGUAUUGUCAACUUUUUUUAAGUCAACAUAAAAAAUAUUCAAGUUUUAAUGCUUUUGAAAAAUUGUUCAAGAUGAUGAGUAUUAAGAAUUAAACUAAAAUUAGAGUAUACCUUUUUUAUACUAAUUCUUUAGAAUAUAAAAUCAUGUUUUCUUAUAUUUGUUGUAGCUCCAAAAAUACAAUAAUUACUUUAUCACGCUUUUAUCUAAUAAAGCUUCUUUAUGUUAAAUUAUUUUUAAAAAAUAUAUAUAGUCUUGUAUUUUCAUAAAGUAUCUUUGCUGUUUAUUCUGCCCAUGAACUUUGUUACAUAUGUUUUUAUUAAUUUGAUAUUUUGUUGAUGUAUAUCAGGCACAAGAUGUAUAUUCUUUGUUUUAAACAUUUAAUACUUAUGUUCAAAAACACUGCUUUAAAAAUUUUUUCCCUCGCAUGGAUUUUGCUCUUAUUUUCAUGAUCUUGUUAGGAAUAUGAUUUUGUAUUUGUUUCAAAUCAUAAAAAUUCUAAUUUUAAACCAUUCACUUAUUUUUUAUGUAUAUAACUUUGUAUUUGAGAUUUAUUUAAAGGAUCUACCUGCUUAUGAAGUAUGUUCCACUGUAGCUGUUGAUAUUCUGUGGUUAGGGCAAAAUCGCUUCACACCAAUUAUAUUUUUCACUUUUUAAAAUAAUUUUGAAAAAAUAAAAAAUUACUAUUUUUUUUUUUUUUGACUUAAAGGAAAUAUACCAGUUAUGAAACAGAAUUUGAUGGUAGAGGAAAUUUAAAUACUCUUGAAACAUAAUUUUAAGUGUUUUAGUAAAAGUACAACUUUUAGUUACAGUUUAAAAACUUAGUUUUGAUUUUAAACAAAAUAUUGUCAUAACUUUUACAGUGGGUUUUUUUCUAUCAAAAUAAUUUGCUGUGCUACAUAAUUGCAAGAUUUAUUACAAUUUUAACUUAUGCAAAAUUAAAUGAUUCAUAUUCAGAGUAAAGACUUGAGCUCAUAUGAACAGCGAUUGUAGUCUACUUUGUAAGAGAGUGAUUUCAGUCAGAAAGUACUAGAGUGUACUUUUUGGUUAAAAUUAUUUGAAAAAAAAUUAAAAUUGAAUGAAAUUAAGCAUUCAUUUUAAUUAAAUUAAGCGUUCAUUAUAAUAUAAGUAUUCAAUUCAUUACAAAAAAUUAAUAAAUUGAAUUUCUUUUUUUGUUUUAGUAUGUUGGUUUAAUAGUUGGAUAGAAAUAUAUAAUUAAAAUUAUUGAGAAAGCUUAUCUACCAGCUUUCUAAUAGGUAACAGAUUUUUGAUAAAAUUGUAUUUAUUUUCUUUGUUAUUACUAUUUUGUAAUAUCCACUUCUAGGUCAAUAUUUUUUAUUUAUUUUUUUAACUUGAUUUUUUUUAUGUUGGUCAUGCAAUUUGUAUUUCAAAUCAAACAGAAUAUUCAGAAUGAAGUCCAGAAUAAUACUUAUAUUUAAUGAGGGGGUCAACAAUCAUAUCCUGAAAUAAGAAAUUAAAAAUAUUCGCCUAUUUUAUUUUCUCUAAAGUGGCCUCUUCCUCUAUUUAUUCAUUCCAGUUCUUAUUUUCGCACCUUCUAAAAAAAUAUUGUAAUUUUCUUCUCAUCCCAAUUAAAAUUGUUUCAUUCAUAAUCAUAUAACAUUGUAAAAUACAAAAUAAAAUUUCAGUGAAACUAAACAUUUAUGUGAAAAUUUGUAAUGCAAAAAAUUUUCAGAUAUUUAUUUAAAAUCUAAGUUUUAAGAUUUGUACGCAUAUUCAAAUAAUAUUUUAAUUGUUUUUUUAAAAAGUUGUUGAAUGGUAUAAGACAAAAUACACUGAAUAACACCUGAUCUUAAGAUAAAUGUGAAUAGCUCUAAAAACGUUAUAAAGUCUAUAUUAGUUGUGUCCACGCUGUUAAUGCAAUAGAAAGUAAUUUGUAUUUUAAAAUAUGUUGUUAUUUUAUUUUAUACAAUUGUCAUUUUUAUAAGAGUAUAAUGUAACAUUCCUGCAAAUAUAUGUAUAAUAAAAAGGAACAAUGUAUUUAUGCAAAUGAAAAGGAACUUUAGUCUAAGCAAUUUGCACUAUACAGAUUUAUUCCAUUGAAGUAUUUCAUUUGAGAAACUAAUAAACUCACCAAGUAGAUUCUAAUUCUGUAGGUCAAUCCAAAUAAAUGUUGUAUAUUUUGGAAAAUGUGCACAUUUGAUGUGUUAAAUUAUUUUUUAAUGAAAUAGUUGUGCUUUUAGUAACAUGUUGUGCUUUUAAUAGUAACUUGUGAUCAUUUUUAUGAAGAAAUCAUUUAAUGUGAUUUUGUGUUUCUAGGGUCAAUUGCUCAAUUAAUGUUUAUAAACCUGUUGAUUAAAAAAGGUAUGAAGUUUAACGAAUGUUAAUGUAUGGAAUUUAGAAAUGUUACUAUUGUUAAAUGUUUUAUAUAGCAUUAAAACAAGUAUCUAAUCCUUAUCAAAGGAUGUUGUUGCAUAUCACUGAUGUAAAUGAUCUGAUAUUUAAAAUAUUUCAGAGAUACCAUACUCACGAGCACAUUUCUUGAAAAUUAAACUUUUAUUGUGAAUAAUUUUUUAACCUUAGCUUUGAAUUUUUAUGACCCCUCUAUACAUUGUCUCCCUCUACACAAAAAUAUUUAAUCUCUUUUAAUUUUCAGUAAGGAUAUAAUUUUAUGUAAAUUUUAGAGGGAAAAUCUUACAAAAUAUAUGAAUGUAAUGAUUUGGGUAUUAAUAGCAUGUAGAUGUGUAAAAAUGCAGGGCAUUGUAGAAUUUAAUAUUUCUUUUUAUUCUCGUUGAAACCAUUUCAACAACAUAAAUAAAGUGGCUUAGUAAGUGUAUGUCUGUUCUUAAAAAAAUUGUAGUAAAACUAGGUAUUAAAGAUAUAUAGAGCCAUAUAAUAUUUCGAAAUAUACCAUGAAAAGAAAUUAUGAAAUUUUGAGAGUUACCUGGGUACUGUAUAGAAUUUUGAAAGACAUUAAUGUGUAUGAAAUAUAUUUCAAAUGACUUAUAUUUAAUUGGAUAUUUUAAAAUAUUACUUUGUCAUUUUUCUCUAAAUUUUCAGUUUUUAUUUCAGGAUCAGGUAUGAAAGUUAAGUCGCUGAUGUGAGAUUAUUCUGAUGAAUUUAACUUAUCAUUUUUAUGUGUAAUGUUACAAAAUGAAUAUUUUAAAAACCCAGUGUUUUUAAAAUAUUCAUUUUGUAACAUUACACAUAAAAAAGCAGCCAGAACUGUGCUCUUUAUUUUUCCAUUCAUUCUUAAGAUACUGCCAGAUGGUUCUUUAAAGUUCUAGACUUUAAUAAUUAUUAGACUAGAUAAAUCAAUGAUUUUAUUUUAGAAUGAUUCCAUGCGAGAACCCUUAGAAUAAUUACUGUAACAUUAAAAAAAAAAUUAUGUCUUUUGCACAUCACAGAUUAAUGCAUGGCAAAUUAAUUUUAUUUGGUUAUAGAUGGAAUAAAUUGCAUGUUUAAUCAUUAUUAGAAAUCCCUGAAAGAUUAAAAAUUACAUGUGUAAAAAGAAGAAUGCAUUUGAUGCAAAAGAAAUAUGUAUCUGUGUCUAUGUGCUAUCUCUGAAACAAAAAUAAUAAGUUAAUAUUUUUAAGCAUUAUUUAGUAAUUUUUUUUUUGAGUCGUUAAAUUAUUUUAAUAUGUAAAGAAUAAAUUUUGAAUUUAAUGCAAAUGUUGUGACAAUUUUUAUUAUUAUAUUAUUGAAUAUAUGACAGUUGACAGCUUAAUAAAUUUUCUAAUGCAGUGAAUGUAGACCUGUUUCUAUGCAAUUAGAAUAUUAAUCCUAAAAGUGAUAUUCUUAGAAAAACUUGCUUUAUUGUUGUAUAAAAAUUCUUGUUGGGAAAUGAUAGCAAUUACUUUUGUAUCGAAACUAUUUAAGUAAUUUUAUUGCAUAGAUAGCUAAAUCAAACUGAAUAGCAAAGAAGGGGGGAACAUCAAACUUAAUAACAAUAAGGGGAAAAUGUUUUAGUUAUUACUUGCAUUGAUUCUUGUUAUGUAAUCAUCAAAAAUCAAUAUAUUUGUGUCCUUUAAAAGAGAAAGUAAUGUGUAAAACAUAUAUAGUAGAAUCCUAAUUAUGCAGACUUAGGAAGGCUAUUACAUUUAUUUAACAUGAAAAAGUAUCCACUUAAAAGCAUUAGACAAUAUAUCUUAUAAUUAAACUGAAUCUUGAGGUUUUAAAAAUACCAGAUGAGAGUGAUUUGGAAAUGCUUCUGUAUUUUUGAAAUUAGAUGAGAAGUUUUUUAUGUCUAGAAAAGUGGGGAUGUAUAAAUGCCUCAAAAGAAAAAUAUUUUCGGCAUUAAGAAAUAAAAUUAAUGCACAGUGAUUGCAUAAUAUCAUGCUAAAAGCCCCCCUUUGAUAUUCAGUCUUAAGUAGUAACUGCUGCAAGAUCAUCAUCUAUCUGUUCCCAUUUUUGUUGGAAAAUUCUGUUCUACUGUACUUGAUUAUAUUAUAAAAAUGUUUUACAAAAUAAAAUGAAAUAUGUUCAUUUAACUAAACAAUUUGUAAGCAGUAUAGAAAGUAUAGAGUGUGUUGCAAGUGUAAUAAGUAGAUUAAAGAUACUUUUCCAGCACAGAAUUUUGUUAUUGCAACAAUGCAUAAAAUGUGGUGCUUUUAUUGCUUCAAUUGUGCAUUCCUUCAUUUUUGUAGCUCAAUGAAUGAUAUUGUAGAUAAUAGCAUAAUAUCUGCAAUGUUUUGAAAAAAGAUGCUGGUGCAACAUUUAAAGAUAAACUGCAACUGCUGGUGCAACUUUUUAAUUUUUAAUUGAAGUUCAUAUAUUUUUAAACUAAUAAGUCUUUCCAUUUUACAUACUUAUUUUUUGUCUUUUUGCUAACAUUCCACAUCCACUUAAAUGUUGAACUUGUGGGCUUAUAUUAAGGUUACAUUUUUUAUUAAAAAUGUUUGUCAUUUAUUGAAGGAUUUCAGAAAUCAUUGUGUAUUGAUUGUUAUAACUUUUUGUACAGAUUGUUGAUUCUGUUGUACAGGUAGUUAAAAUGGUGUAUCUAUAGUCACUGUGUAAUUUUUCUGCAUCAGUAGUUAAAAUAAACUUCACUUUUACAAAUGAAA